AUGUUUGACGUCACGUGAGAGCUGUCUGUGGCUGAAAUUUAAUGAUGUUAUCGGACGGCAUGUGGUAGGGUGGUUUGUUUGAAAUUUGUGUGAUAGCCUUGUUAAUAUGCUAGUACACUGGGUCAGUUUACUUUUAGCUCUACAUUAUUUGAUAAUCUCAUGCACAUUUGCCGAGUCCGCAGAUACUUGUCAUGACGAGGGGGCUUCGCCGGAAAGCUCAUGUCCCGUGUCAAGAAAGUCUCCUCUUCUGCCCAAGAAGUAUGUCUUGUACGAUGUCAACGCCGGAGAAGGGUUCAACCUGAGGAGGGACGUGUACAUGCGAGUGGCUCGGCUGGUGCAUCAGCUCAACGAAGGCUCCAAGACGGCAGAGUGGGUGCUUGUCCUGCCGCCGUGGGGCCCCCUGUACCACUGGCGGACUAAGGACUUCGGCUUUCAGGCCAAGAUCCCGUGGAAGGAGUUCUUUGACGUCGAAAGCUUGGCUGCCUAUGUACCCGUGAUAGAGUUUGAAGACUACCUUAAGGAUGUUGGGCCGUCGAUUGACAAGGUCUACUAUCUGCAGCACCACCCGCGUACAUUCACGUCGAGCACGUGGGAAGAAAAGUAUGAAGAAGACUCGUGCCAGGACGAAACGGAUUACUUCAAGGAGGCUCCAGAGGGGUUCAGUGGAUGGUUCUGGGGUUACCGCAACACACUGGCCAAACAGUUCACUUGCCUGUCCGUCCAGGGAACAGGGUCUACCCUGAAACCGUUGCUUUUAAAGCACCUCAACGACACUGCCAUUAUGCUAGAUCGUGCAGAAGUUAUUCUACAUGAUGUUUUUGGAGAUGCAGUUUACUGGGAGAUAAGGCGCAGCAUGCGCUUUUCGAAAGACCUCCGCGAGCUGGCAGACGCCUUUCGCCGGGACGUUCUAGACUCCGAGGACGAAAGAGAUGGUACGGUGCUUGAGCCCGACUGGAGAAAGAUGAGGCGGGGCACUGCGGUGGGAGGCCCCUUUCUGGCGGUCCACCUCAGGCGGCAGGAUUACCUGAGCAGCCGGCCCAAGGACGUACCAGACCUUCGCUGGGCCGCCAAGCAGAUACAGGCACUGCUCGACAGACUCAAGCUCACCAAGGUCUUCGUGGCCACCGACGGGACGGCAGACGAAUUUCAGACACUCAAGUCCUACAUCCCGGGAGCUGUUCGAUACGAGACCAGCUUGGAAACAAGGAAGAAACUAAAGGACGGAGGUCUUGCCAUUAUUGACCAGUGGAUAGCUGCACAUGCAAGGUACUUUGUGGGCACCUACGAGUCCACGUUUUCUUUCCGAAUUCAGGAGGAGAGGGAGAUAUUGGGGUUUGAUGCAGAGACAACAUUCAACAGGCUCUGUGGAGAUGGACAGAAGACCUGCGUUCAGCCUACAAAGUGGAGAAUAACCUACGAGUGAUGUUUGCGCUUCUUUGCUUGUUUUCUGCCACCAAGGCAUGAGAGUGGAAGCCUGUUUCUGAAGGGUAUAGGAAGCAUGGACCAAUCUCGAUUGUAUAUAUCAUUCUGUGCCAUCUUACGAGCCCCGUCAUUUUCGAUGAUCAAUAAAUGGCAAUGUUUUUGGUCUUA